GUUCGUCAAUACGAGAAUGUACAUGGGCUUCGACGGGAUAUAAACGGCGGAAUGUCUCAUGGGUAAGACGCUUCUUUUGAUGCCUUGGUAUUCUUGUCUCCACUCCACCUCGAGCAGUUUCGUUUUCUUCUUUAGAGUUGUUCACAGGUGACGAUCCGGGCAUUGCGUUCGUUGUUUGAAGGCUUCAGUCACCAUAAGCGCUGCAGUCAUACUCAACUUCAUCCUUCUUCGUAUUUGAGCUUCGCCGCCGGAUAUUAUUUGAUCCUUUAGGACAUUGUCGUCUAUUCAUUCCGGACCAGUUUCAUCAGUCUCAGAGCAUAGUACAUCUACCACCAGUCCUUCUUUCUCAAGGCUAUCCUAUCAUAGCCAACUACAAAAAUGGCGUCCAUAGCAUACGCUCUCCUCACACACGCCCUCGAUCCUCGUAGCAAGGCCAGCGACAGGAAGAACUUCCGGAAUUCGUGCACGCUAGAAACAUGUCCGCUGAGCCUUUCCUACUGGGGCUACAUACCAUCUCUCCCCGCGAACGCACUCUUCCUGGCACUUUUUGCAUUAUCGACGGUGCUGUUCAUUGGACAAGGAGUGUUAUCAAGAAGAUUCGUAGGCUUCACGAUUGCGAUGGUAUGCGGUUGCGCACUGGAGGUUAUUGGAUAUGUCGGACGGAUUGGGAGCCAUAAGAAUCCUUUCGCUGAGAACCCCUUCCUCAUCCAAAUCGUCUGCCUAACAAUCGCGCCUGCCUUCCUCGCUGCCGGAAUCUACCUCUGCCUCAGCCGAAUCGUCUUGACAUUCGGUCCGCAAAACUCCCGCAUCAAGCCCAUGAGCUACCCCCGCAUCUUCAUCCCUUGCGAUCUCGCGUCCCUAAUGCUCCAAGCAGCAGGCGGAGGCAUCGCCUCGGCAGCUAGUCACAGCGACAGAGAUCCCACCACCGGCAACAACAUCAUGAUCGCAGGUCUUUCAAUCCAGGUUGGUACACUCGCCAUCUUCAUCGCCCUCGCUCUGGACUUCUCCAUCCGCACAACUCGCCGAACACGCGGACUGGGCGCGGAGAAUGCGCUGGACCCGACGCACGCUAGGCUCCGACAAUCUUGGGCCUUUAAGGGAUUUCUCAUUGCGCUGUCUUUCGCCACGUUAUGCAUAUUCACGCGCUCUGUAUACCGUGUGGCUGAGUUGAGUGAGGGGUGGAACGGUCAUCUCAUCAAGACGCAGAAGUACUUUAUCGGGCUGGAAGGAGCGAUCGUCGGGGCUGCGGUUUUGGCUCUGAAUGCUUUCCAUCCAGGGCUUUGUUUCAGGGAAGGUUAUCAGAGGGGUGGAGGUUGCUGUGGAUGCUGUGGUGGUCGUAAGGCUGAAACUAGAGGUGAGAGUCCUCCCGUAAGCGCGGUUGAGCUUAAUGAAAGGGAGAAAUAGGGCAUUGAAUGGAAAUAUAUAGAAAAUAUAGCAUUUGGGUGGAGAUUGGGAUUUGGACGUUUGCUUCAGCAAAUUGUCUGUUCCUUCAAGCUUGUUUUACCACGCGUAGAUGUCUCUAGUAUCCCGUCGGCACAGUCAUUUUCACAAAU